GGAAGCAGCGCGAGCCCGUAAAUGUACUGACGCGCUGGGGAACGGAUCGUUACGGGGUUUUUUUACGGAUUUUUUUUCAUAGCUUUGAAGGGAUCCGCAGAGCAACAAAGCAAGCUACCGGAAUAAUUGUAUUCAUUAGGACAAGAGCCAGACACUUUCUCGUGUCGUUUCUUUUUGAAGACCUCCUUUUUGGUGCUCGGUUGUUUUAAAAAGAAGGGCGUGUGGUUUCCCGGAGGGGGAACUGGUGCAUGCUGAAUAUUGUACGUUCUAUUUGACGGUUCGGAUCAUCGUGAGGAUGGGCUGCACGUUAAGCACGGAGGAUAAAGCGGCGGUGGAGAGGAGUAAAAUGAUCGACAGAAAUCUGAGAGAUGACGGAGAGAAAGCGGCCAGAGAGGUCAAACUCCUUCUGCUCGGUGCUGGGGAGUCUGGCAAGAGUACAAUAGUCAAACAAAUGAAAAUUAUUCAUGAAGCUGGCUACUCGGAGGAAGAGUGCAAACAGUACAAAGCUGUCGUCUACAGCAACACUAUUCAGUCUAUUAUUGCCAUCAUCCGUGCCAUGGGGCGACUCAAGGUUGACUUCGGGGAUGCGGCACGUGCGGAUGAUGCAAGACAGUUGUUUGUGUUGGCGGGCAGUGCUGAGGAAGGCUUCAUGACAGCAGAGCUUGCUGGUGUGAUCAAGCGUCUUUGGAAAGAUGGAGGAGUGCAGGCCUGUUUCAGCCGAUCCAGAGAGUACCAGCUAAACGACUCUGCAGCAUAUUACCUGAAUGAUUUGGACAGAAUUUCGCAGGCCACUUAUAUACCCACCCAACAGGAUGUUCUGAGGACCAGAGUCAAAACAACAGGCAUCGUAGAGACACACUUCACUUUCAAAGAUCUGCACUUCAAGAUGUUCGAUGUGGGUGGUCAAAGGUCAGAGAGAAAGAAAUGGAUCCACUGUUUUGAAGGGGUGACUGCCAUCAUCUUCUGUGUGGCGCUGAGUGACUAUGACCUUGUGCUAGCUGAAGAUGAGGAGAUGAACCGAAUGCAUGAGAGCAUGAAGCUGUUCGACAGCAUUUGUAAUAACAAGUGGUUCACAGACACCUCUAUCAUCCUGUUCUUGAAUAAGAAGGAUCUGUUUGAGGAGAAGAUCAAGAAAAGUCCGCUCACCAUCUGUUACCCUGAAUACGCAGGGUCAAAUACGUACGAGGAGGCAGCCGCCUACAUUCAGUGUCAGUUCGAGGACCUGAACAAGCGAAAAGACACCAAGGAGAUCUACACCCACUUCACCUGCGCCACCGACACCAAGAACGUGCAAUUCGUUUUUGACGCGGUGACCGACGUCAUCAUCAAGAACAACCUGAAAGACUGCGGACUGUUCUAGAAGCUGGCUUUUAUCUGGUCGAACUCAGCCAGUUUUGAUGUGCAUUUUGUUUGGAGAAAGAUUGCAAGACUAAGUAUGGAGAAAAUUGGUCCUGGACCACUGCUGUACAUUAUGCCAUUUUUGUCAGCUUUAUUUAUGGUUUUUGUCUUUGAAAAUUAAAAAAGUAGCAUUUAAAAAAUGUAUUGUGUCGAAUGUUCGUUCAAUCCUUGUGGCCAUGUUGUCCCCACCCCCGACACAAGGUUGUUACUUUUUAAAAGAGGGAUUUCGUUUUAUUUUGCUUUCUUACAUCAGAAUUCCCUUUUACUUGUAAUUUUACGUUUAUUUUUUGUGGUAGUCACUAUGGGGGGAGAGGAAGAUUGUGCGACUCAAUCCAGUGUGUUGGUUCUCGUGCCUUGGCAUGUGUUACUUGCAGUCUUUGUCCAUUUGCUUGGGUUUGUCUGCUGAAUAUCUCUCAAACAUUAUAAAAAAUCUGAGUUUCAUACUGGAUGUUACUAAUCUCCCUGAGAGCACAAAUCCUCAUAUGCAUAGAAUGUGUGUGUUUGAGAGAGAGUAUGUGUGUAUCUGUUUGUGUGUUUGUGUAUAUAUAUAUAUAUAUAUAUAUAUAUAUAUAUAUAUAUAUAUAUAUAUAUAUAUAUACACACACAUUUAUAAUAUAGGCCAGUGUAGGGAAAGCUAAUGGUUAAUACAGUGAGCGGUGGUCCAAACCUCCAAAGUCUCCAUGGCAACAAGAAUUGAGCUACAGAUGGAGACAAGUCCUGUUCCACUGUCAGACGCUGAGACAUUCCACAUGCAGGACAUGGAAUCUGUCUGUCAAGCACCUGUCAUCAGACAUUUUAAAGGCUUACAACUCAGAGAAUGACACAUCGUCGAGGAACGUCACGGAGUAGACAAAUGGACUGAAAAGGUUUUCAAGAUUUUGCAGUGAAACAAUAUUAAAUGUCAGCAAACAGACAUUUGAGGCAAGCGAUACGGUUGAUUGAUUAUGAAGAAAACUGCCACAUCUGUCUGUGCGUUCUCCAUGUUGGGGGAACAUUUGUACACCCAUUUCCCUUAUUUUGCUAAUAAAAAGCAUUUUCUUCCUGA